CGCUGGAGGACAGAGUGAAGGGGGGAAAGCGGAGUUAGGAGCCGGACAAAAGAACUUAUAGAGCCCCUUAUAUCAUAUUUCCAUGUUUUGGCGCGCCAUGGACCGGUGCGAGUAGUCAUGGAAGCCCCUUUGAGCAAGAGGAACCCCGCGUUAAGAUUAGCGGACUUGGCGGCGACCCAAGCGCACAACAUGACAGGCUUCCCGGGGCUGGGGGGGCACCACCCGCUCUCCCACCAUGCCCACCUCCACCCGGGGGAGCUGGCCAACGACCCCGGCGUGGCACUCACUCCAUUCGGACCGGAGCACAUGGCCCAGACCGGUGCAGUCAAGCUCAGCCCCUCGCAGCACCUCCAAAGUCACCACCAGGCGCAGACCGCGGCGGCGGUAGCGGCGUCGUUCGCUUCGGCUCAAGGCACCGUGGGCUUCCCCGGCGUGGGCCACCCCCACUCGGGCAGCUACCCGAGCAGCAGGGACUUGAUCCUCAGGAGAGAGCUGUCCGCCUCCGCCAUGCACGCCCUCGGCGACCAGUCCGCCUCCUCCCCGCAUCACCACCACCACCACCACGGCGUCUUCAUCGCCCCAACAGGUGCGUACGGCCACGCGGAGAGCGGGGGCCUCUUCUCGGGGCUCCACGAGCAGGCGUCCCCCGGCUCGCACCACGCCCUCAACGCCCAGAUGCGCCUGGGUCUGCCGGGGGACAUCUACGCCCGGGCGGACCACUUCGCGGCCAGGCAGGACCACUACGCGGCCUCCGCCCUGCACGGCUACAACCCCGCCGGCGCGCCCCACGGCCCCGCGGGGGCCUUCCUGCGGUAUAUGCGGCAGCCAAUCAAGCAGGAGCUCAUCUGCAAGUGGGUCGAGCCGGAGCAGCAGAGCCACGGGAAGACCUGCUCCAAGACCUACAGCACCAUGCACGAGCUGGUCAACCACGUCACGGUGGAGCACGUCGGCGGGCCCGAGCAGAGCACCCACGUCUGCUUCUGGGAGGAGUGCCCGCGGGAGGGGAAGGCGUUCAAGGCCAAGUACAAACUCAUCAACCACAUCCGAGUGCACACCGGGGAGAAACCCUUCCCGUGUCCCUUCCCGGGCUGCGGGAAGGUCUUUGCGCGCUCGGAGAACCUGAAGAUCCACAAGAGGACCCACACAGGUGAGAAGCCCUUCAAGUGCGAGUUUGAAGGCUGCGACCGGAAGUUCGCCAACAGCAGCGACCGGAAGAAGCACUCCCACGUGCACACGUCCGACAAGCCUUACUACUGCAAGGUGCGCGGCUGCGACAAGUCCUACACGCACCCGAGCUCCCUGCGCAAGCACAUGAAGGUGCACUGCAAGUCGCCCCCCCCGCCCCCCGGUACCACCACCACCACCACCACCUUCAUCCCCUCCACGCACCCGCUGGGGGAGCCCCUCUCGCCGGACGCGCAGCAGCAGCGGAGUCGCACCACCGCCGACAUCUCCCCGCAGGUCACCAACCUGAACGAGUGGUACGUGUGUCAGGGCAGCGGCGUGGGGGGCGGGGGGGUGCAGCCACACCAUCAUCAUCCUCACCAGCAUCAGCAGCAUCAGCAUCAGCACCACCACCUGCACUCCCCCUCCAGCGAGGUGCCCACGUCAGAGUCGGAAGAUGAGGACUCGUUCGGGGACUCGGACCCCAGGACUAUGCUAUGAUUGACCAACAACAACAACAGAAAAAAAAAAAACUUAAAAGAGGAGAUUCCAAAUAAAUAAAUAAAAAUUUCAUACUAAAAGGUCAUGCAGAAUUACAGCAAUAUUAAAAAACCAGUCCAACAAGUGUCCUACAUUUAGUGUGCUUCUUCUGGGCCACCGAGGUACAAUUUUUGAUAAAAAAAAAAAACUCCCAAGGGUUCCUUUUUGUAAUAUUUAAGAGCUAUUUAAGUCUAUAUUUUAUGCAAAAGGAAAAGUCCCAAGAGACCCCAGAUGUUUAAAAAAAAAAAAAAAGACAGGCUUGGUUGUAAAUAUGUUUGUGAUAUCAUGUGUUGUUUUUUUAAAUUGUUAUAAUUGUAAUUUAUUCACUGGUUUUUAAAUGUUGGAAAUGACAAACGCACCAAAGAUUCAUAUUAAUAAUAAUAAUAAUAAUGAUAAUAAUAAUAAUGAAACCAGUUUUUUGGUGAUGCCCUAUAGUAACCUGCUGAUACUUUUUGGUAACUUUUUGCUGAUUUUUUUGUAAUUAUUAUUAUAUAAAAAAAAGAAGAAGUUUUUUUCUAAACAAAACAUGACUUGAAUAGGCUGUGUAAUGUGAAUUUUGUUUUUUAAUCUCUCGCAUGCCUUGUUUGGUUUUGUUAGUUUUUUUUUUGUUAAAAAAAAGUGACUUGUUGAGGUGCAUGGUGCCAUUCGGAUAUGAUGGAUAUUUAAAAAAAAAAAAGAUGGGUGACGAAUGUGGAACCCUUUGAUGUUCAAAAUGGUACUUACAAUAUAAAAAAAAACAAUAAUGCAAAAAUAAAUACC